UUUUUAUUCAUUAACUUUUCUUUUUCAAUUUUAAGCGCGGCCAAUUGAUCCAUCUUCCCAUUUGUUGAAAAUCCACGAAGUUUAAAUCUAUUUUAGCGGCGUUUGCAUUAUUCUCGAAAGUGCAAGAACGUUGUAAACACGUACGUUAAAUGACAAAUAUUGUUAUAAUAUUGUGUGACUAGUUAAAUACUUUAUAAUGAUAUAAUUGGAGUCUCACAAUGUUGGGUAUAAUUGUAUCUGGUCGUCUAGUUCAGACAGAUUUUCAACAAAUUGGAGAAAAUCAAUUUUUAAUCACAGUACCCGAUGCUGAUAAUAUAAAUCACAUUGUAGUAUUCCUUACAGGUACUAUUCCAUUCCCUGAUGGAAUGGGUGGUGCAGUUUAUUUUAGUUGGCCAGAUUCAAAUGCACCACCAAACUGGCAAUUUUUAGGAUUUAUUUCUAAUCUGAAACCAUCUGCUAUAUUUAAAAUAUCAACGCUAAAGAAAAAUCAUGAAUUUGAAAAUAGUAAUUUAGGAAUAUUUGGAGUUGGCAAGAUUUCUCACGUAGCACAAAUAGGCAUUUCUGUUGAACCAUUGAAUGUGAUAGAACAACAAGCAGCUACUGUUACAGAAGCUGCAACUAAUUCAUUUGUCGAAUUUGUACAGAAGAUGCUUACAAGCUUUAUAAAUUAUGCAUCCAGUUUUACUGUGACUCAAGCACAGAUGACUCCAAAUCCUACGGAAAAUUUUGUACCAUUGUCUACUGUACAAGGAUGGUAUGAAACCUUUGAAAGAAGAUUACAACAAAAUCCUAACUUUUGGAAAGCGUGAUAAAAAUUCACAAUGGGUAUUAGUUAGAUUUGUCACAAUUUCUUUUGUAGCUUUAAAAGAUUCAAUAUGUUACCUACACUUCUUUAGCAUUUUUUUUAUAUUAUUUUUGCAACAUAAGGUCAAUGUUUUUUUUUUUUUUUUUAUAUAUCCUUGCAAAAGAUAAUUCAUUCUUUUGCAAAUUUUUCUUUAAAAAUAAGAGAUUAUUUUAAUAUUCUGAUUAAGCAUGAAUAGAAAAGUA